UUCAGCUGAACGAAUCGCUUCCUGAAGCGAAUCUGCACGAACGGCUGGUUGGGAGGAUUCGCUCAGGAAGACUCGUCCUUCCCAGGACUCUCAGUCCUGUUUACCCCCCUUUCCGGGGAAUGGCGUCCAGAAAGUGGAGCGCGGUGUGGCUGUAUUACCAAGACGGCAAAGAUGCGAAAAAAGUAGUUUGCCUCAUAUGUUUGGAGACCAUCCAGCAUCAUGGCAACACCAGUAACAUGCGCAGGCAUUUGAGAUUAAAGCACCACGCCGAGUACGCCGACCUACAGGCAAAGAAAAGAAGAGACGAAGUGGCCGGAGGGAUCAGGAAGCAGCCCGUACCGGGUGUACAGUGCGGCCAUUACUCAGAAAGCUCAGAUUCUGCAGUAGGGGGAGGAACCACAGUACAGAGAGUGCUGAAGAGAGAAGAGUUUAACGAUACAGCCGGCGGGAUUGGUGAUGAAGCCCUGUCUCCCUUCAGUGUGAACCAGCACCCCAGGGAGUACAGCGAUGUGGAAAGCAGAGCAACGGGACAGAGCCCGGAGCAGCGGGUAGCAGGGCCCACAAUGUAUUGCGCUUUGGGGCGGCCAUCUUUGCAAGAGGAAGCUGGCAGGAGCACUGGAGGAAAUGCAGAUGUUAUGAAAGUCAUAACUGUGGGGCAGUCAGAGCAGGAGCAGAUAAGGAGGGCCUUGGAGCAGGAGGCACGAGCACUGCAGAGAGAGAGGGAGCUGACAGAGCAGCUGAGGAGAGCCCAGGAACAGGAGGCACGAGCUCUGGAGCAGCAGCGGGAGCUGACGGAGCAGCUGCGGAGGGCCCAGGAGCAGGAUAUGAAGAGGACCAGAGACCAGGAGGCCCAGGCUUUCCAGCAAGAGAAGGAGCUGAUGGAGCAGCUGCGCAGGAUUCAGGAGCAGGAGGCACGAGCUCUGGAGCAGCAGCGGGAGCUGACGGAGCAGCUGCGGAGGGCCCAGGAGCAGGAUAUGAAGAGGACCAGAGACCAGGAGGCCCAGGCUUUCCAGCAAGAGAAGGAGCUGAUGGAGCAGCUGAGGAGGGACCAGGAGCAGGAGAUGAAGAGGGCCAGAGACCAGGAGGCCCAGGCUCUGGAUCGCGAGAGGCAGGCCAUAGAGCAGCUGAGGAGGGCCCAGGAGCAGGAGGGCCGGGCCAUCGAGCGGGAAAGGGAGGCGCUGGAACAGCUGCGCAGGGAGCUGGGCGGGAGGGAUUCAAGGAGGCAGGAGGAGCUGGAGCGCCACUCGGCCAGCUUCUUCACUUCUUCCCCGUAUGCUGUCUCCCUGUCGUUAGACGGCAGUACGGAGGAUCUGGAAGUGUGA